CGUAGUUUGUAGGUCAGUGACAAGCCAGGCACUUGUCCCCGCGUCUGUGAACGACGCCCCGGUGCGUUUGGAUGUGUUGGACGCAAAGUCAACAGACUGACAGCUCGAUGCCUCAAAUGUCAGGUAUUGGGGACAUACAUUUGACAAUCAAUGGACGUGUUAUGCUUUAAAGUACCAAGUCAAAGAAGAAACAAGGCUUACUCUUCGCUCCAGUGGGUUAUCGACUGGUGUCUCUUAUUGGAUGCAAACCUCACGCCCAUGCGACGGUGAUAGUUGGAUUGUUGCAGCCCUCCGUCUCCAGGUCGGGUUACACUGAGCGUUGUGUUUACGGAUACAGCUGAUCGUCAAGAUGCGCUGAAUUGCUGGCUGUGUGUUUAUUGCGGCAAUCCACAAUUAGACUAUAGGCCUAUGAUUAUGAUAUUACGCGUUUAUACGUCACUUGGUCUAUGUAAGGACGGAAGGUUUUAAAUCGAUCCUAAAAAAAACACAAAUGUAAUCUUAGUCUACCCCACAAGGACUGCAGUAGUGGCUUUAUGCCUUAUCCUUCAAUGACAGCCUCUCCAGCUCCUGCCUGUGGUCUGGGACACUACUUGCCUAUACAGGCAUAAUAAGAUAAUGGUAAAGAGUGGACAACGCUUUCUCUUGUCACCGACGAACUAUCUUUUUUCUCAACCAGGAGCAAUUGCCGUCACAAAUGUUACCCAGUGGAGGCGAGCGAACCAGGCCCAGACCCAGCGCCUGACGCGGGUUUGUUGUGCACAGAGUCGGCAUGAUGCGGAAUAUGGUGCCUCUUUGCAGCUUUGCGUCUACCUGCCACACUGCUGUCAUCUCUCUGUAAUUUCCCUGAUGUCUUAAAAUGGAUGAGCGCUUUUACUGAGGGCGCUUCAGGGACGUGAACCAGCUCUCAAGUGGCCAUGCAUGUUGGAUUUAGCCUUGGCCGGCUUGUCUGAAUGUAGAGCGAAAAUCCGGGAUGUUUCUACACACUGAACAGCGACAGCAGCCCACGUUCAUGGAGAUGGCUGGCGGGGGAGGUGCACCAGCUCUGGGACUGAUGAGGAAUAAUGAGGACCCCUGUCCCGAGGAUUUUGUUCAGUUUAUUCAAAGAUUCCAGUGCUAUAGGGAACACAAACUGUAGGCUAUAGAUAUAUAGGCUGUAGACAAAUAAAAAUCAACCUGGCUUUCCUAAUGUAAGUCUAUGUAACUGAUAGUUUCAGGCUUGGCUAUUUCAUCCAGUUCAACCCUUGGUUCAGGCUUCUAGUCCACAAGCUACAGCAUCAAAGGCAAUUCAUUAUUUAUUAGGAGCACAGUGUGUAUAUAAUAGCAAGCCAAAUUGCAAUGUAUUGUGUUCAUUAGGCACCAGUGCACACCACGUAUUUUUAAAGAACCUGCUGUUUCAAUGUUUCAAUCAGUGCGUCAUUGGGAUAGUGCCAUGGAUUUUAAGUGUCAUUCUUUGACCUAAUGCACAUGUCCCUGGAUGAACUUGCCUUUGAGAAUACAUGUUACUUAAACACUGCAUAGUAACAGCACAUCAGCUAGUGACAGGAUUUGGCACUAUUUCAACAGCCGGAUGUACUGAUGGGGGGGUCCCUCCUGUUUUUUUGAUCCUCUGAUCUCCACCCUCCCCUCGUGGUCCCCCAUCUCAGUCAAUGGGCCCUCUAUGGAUUUUGUGCCUGAGUUGACACAAGUGUCAAACAGCAGUUGAGCUGCUAUGAAUCCAUAUGGUGGAGUGAGAAGUACUGCCCCCCUGUCCUGCAGCAGCUGUGGGGGCUGCUGCUCCCCACCACCUCCAAGCCUCAUCCCUCCCGGUCUCCCAUCAUCUAAUACCUCUGCACCCUUCAACAUGACCCCUUCACCACCCAUGUUUCCUGCACCUGUUGUCCAAAUAGAGAAUGGCAGUACCUGGAUCUCUUUGUCCCCGGAUUCUGGUCACCACUGUGGGGCAGGCAAUCCAUAUUGGACUGCAGUGUUUGACUAUGAGGCCACAGCAGAUGAGGAAUUAACAUUACGGCGUGGGGAUCUACUGGAGGUUUUAUCAAAAGACUCCAAAGUAUCUGGGGAUGAGGGCUGGUGGACAGGCAAGAUUCAGGAUAAGGUGGGUAUUUUCCCCAGUAACUAUGUGACAAGAGGUGAUGCUGCCAGCUACCAGCUGACUGCAGGAGGCCUGGUGCCCAGCGGAGUGGGCGAGUGCCCCUUGGAGAUAGACUUCUCUGAACUGCUGCUGGAGGAAGUGAUUGGAGCUGGAGGAUUUGGGAAAGUUUACAAAGGAAUGUGGCGAGGAGUGGUGGUUGCUGUAAAGGCCGCCAGACAGGAUCCUGAUGAGGACAUUAGUGCGACAGCUGAAAGUGUACGCCAGGAAGCCAGACUGUUUUGGAUGCUGAGACAUCCCAACAUCAUUGCACUUAAAGGUGUCUGCUUGAAGGAACCCAACCUGUGUUUAGUGAUGGAAUAUGCUAGAGGAGGGGCUCUGAACCGGGCUCUUGCAGGAAAAAAAGUACCACCAAGAGUUUUGGUAAACUGGGCUGUCCAGAUUGCCACUGGGAUGGACUAUCUGCACAAUCAGGCAUUUGUACCCAUCAUCCACAGAGACCUCAAGUCCAGCAACAUACUGAUCCUGGAGCCAGUGACAUGGGACGACUUGAGCGGUAAAACCCUAAAGAUCACAGAUUUUGGCCUGGCACGAGAGUGGCAUCAGACCACCAAAAUGAGUGCUGCCGGGACUUAUGCCUGGAUGGCCCCAGAGGUCAUCAAACACUCCUUGUUCUCCAAGAGCAGUGACGUGUGGAGUUUUGGUGUGUUAUUGUGGGAGCUGCUGACUGGAGAGGUCCCAUACAGGGAGAUUGAUGCUCUGGCAGUGGCAUAUGGAGUUGCAAUGAACAAACUUACUCUUCCCAUUCCUUCUACUUGCCCUGAGCCUUUUGCUCAGCUGCUGACAGAGUGCUGGAGUCCCACCCCCCACAGCAGACCCCCGUUUAGCAGCAUCCUGCGGCGCCUGCUGGCCAUUGAGCAAUCGGCCAUGUUUCAAAUGCCCCUGGAGUCGUUUCACUCUCUGCAAGAGGACUGGAGACUGGAGAUCCAGCAAAUGUUUGAUGAGCUCAGGGCCAAAGAAAAGGAGCUGCGGUCCUGGGAGGAGGCCCUGGCCCGUGCUGCAGAGGAGCAGAGGGAGCAGGAGGAGCAGCUCAAGAGGAGAGAGCAGGAGUUGGCUGAGAGAGAAAUCGACAUUGUAGAGCGUGAACUCAACAUAAUCAUUCAUCAAAUGUAUCAGGAGAAGCCCAGUGUCAAGAAAAGAAAAGGCAAUUUCAAAAAGAGUAGGCUGAUAAAACUGGGCCGAGACAGCAACUGCAUCAGUCUGCCCUCUGGUUUUGAGCACAAAAUUACAGUGCAGGCCUCUCCGAGUGUGGACAAGAGGAAACCGCAGGGCAGCGAGAGCACCACACCACCAGCUAGUCCUGGAGUCAUCCCUCGCCUCAGAGCUAUUCGAUUAACCCCCAGUGAUGGCAGUAAGACAUGGGGCCGCACUGCUGUGUGUAAGAAAGAGGACAUGUCCUCAAGCAAGAAGAAGCUACGCACUUGGGGCCCGAGCUCCACACAACCAAAGGAGAGGGUUGGAGGAGAAGAAAAACUGAAGUCUCUAGGAGAAGGUUCUAAGGUUUGGUCAUCCAGUGCCCCAAAUCUGGGAAAGUCACCCAAACAUGCCCCUAUGACGGCAGGGUUCUCCAGCCUCAAUGAGAUGGAGGAGGGCUCUGAACUGGAGGAGUCACCCUGCUCGCUCAUGCCCUCAGACAGCAGCAGUAAUGGGGCAGUGGAUGACUCUGGGUCCAUGUGGAGCUCACUGGGCUCUGGCUGUGUGCACGCUCCUGGGAUGUCCAUCGUGGGGGUAUGCCAGGGGGACACACUGCGGCGCUGCAGCCAGAGGAAGAAGAGUGACAUGUUGCUGCUUGGCUGUGCCUCUUUGCUGGCCUCUGUUGGCCUGGGACAAGACCUCUACCAGAUGGGAAAACUACAGGUGCUUCAAGAUGAACAAGAUGUCAGAGAGAAGAAGAAAGAGGGUCUGUUCCAACGGACAGGACGUUUCCGCCGCAGCACGUCUCCACCGAGUCGCAACCUGUCCUUGUCCCUAUCCCGGCACCAGGACUCCAGUCUGCCCUGUCUGGACCCCUCACCUUCUGUCACCCUCCUUUCUCUGUCCUCUCUGUCGGACUGCAACUCCACCAAGUCCCUGCUCCCCUCUGACCCAGACGAAUAUCCAAUGACCCCGGUGACAGGGAAAACACCAGCAGGCUCUGCUUCUGCUCUCAACCCACUUCUGGACCUGCGAGCGGAGAGCUUCAAGAAGGAGCCAAACCAGUCUCUCACUCCCACACAUGUGUCGGCUGCCAUGGCUAUGAACCGAGGACACAGACGUACGCCAUCAGACAGCGCCAUCCGGCCUCGCGCCCAAACGCUGGGACACCGGCGGUCCCCAUCAGAUGGCAGCAUGCCCAUGCCUCCUCCGCCAGGAGCACAGAUUUCCGGCACAAGCAGAGGUGGGGCAUCAUUAGACAUUCCUCGACUCCCUGACCCUUUCCUUGUUCAUCCAGCGCCCCAGAGACGUAAAGCUCCUGCUCCCCCUCCUCCUUUGCCUGUCUCAGAUCCGGACCCUCUCAUCAGUCCCUUGGAAAGACCUAAAACACUAGAGUUUGCCCCACGGCCAAGGCCCACACCAGCCCGGAAAGCAGACCCCUGGAAGUUGAGCUCCCUUUCGUGGACUUUGAGCUCAUCUCCAGGCAGUGGCUGUGACAGCCCCUUGGGGUCUGGGGACAGUAGUGCGAGCACAGUCAAGCCCAACCUGAUGGACAUGGACAUGGAGGGUCAGAGUCUGGACAAUACUGUUCCUCUAUGUGGACAGCUACAACCAGCAGCUCUUUGUGGACAACAGUACCUAUAGUAGCACGCUUUAGGUUCAAGUGCACUACCUGCUACAACGUCUUACAGCCAUGUUCUUACAGUCAGAAUAAAAUGCAUACUGAUGUCUGAGCCGAGUUAUCCCACUCACCACUGUUGGUGAAAAUGAACUGUAUGUUAGACACUUACUGGAGUGCGUCCUUGGUGUAUGAACAAGGUGUGAAACCUUAAACAAGACUUUCCUAUUCAUUACACAUGACGUGGCUAUCACUAGGGCCAUAGACACCUUGUCAGCCUUUUAGUGCUCACCAUUCUACCUUACUGACACUCCUCUCCCACCCUGAAAGCCAUUGCUCUGCUCCACAAGGUUGCCACCAAAUUGCACCUUCUCCAAGUCUUGUAGAAAAUACUCUAAAAGCCAUUGAAAUGCUUAACAAGACUAUUUGACUUUGCUGAAAUGUACUUACUAUCUGCUUGUAUCUUUGCCUUUCUUUCCAUUGCUUGCAUCUUUCCAUUCCUAGUGCGUCAAAUGUAGAAAUAUUUUCAUUCACAAGUUCAUUCUAAACAUUUUGUGUUAUAAGCCCAACUACAAAACACUAACGGAUUUGAUUUUUAGGCAAUAUCAUGCUAUUUAACAUGCAGAUGUAUGUAAUUUCUCCAGAUUGGUACCCCCUUGGUAGUGGACCCUAUUUAAGUUAUUUUUGAUGUUCAUGAGUAGAAGCAGUUUUACAUGGGGAUUUUCUAAAACAAAAAUUAUUUUAUGAGGGAUGGUGCUUUUCAGUGCAUGUCAUUUUUGUAAGAAUGUUGGACAGAUAAGUACACCCACUAAUUCAACAUUGAUAAAUUCCUCUGCAGUUAGUAGCAUUUGAACCUAUCCAUUUCAUUGGACAGAAUUACUGUAUUUCCAUUAAUUCCCCAAAUCCGAUGGACAAUAACUAUACCUGACAACUUUGACCUCACAUUGAUGUCCCUCAACUGCUGUAUCCAACAUCAGUGGCACUUUAGGAGCCGUGCUGUGCUCUGGUCAUGUCUGACAAAUCAGCUUUUGCGUCUGGAGACGUUUUUUGGACAGUGUAUUCUGCAGAGUCCCUCUCGGUUGCAGAUGGUAUUUACUUGACUGUGCAAAUAUCUUUGCGUGUGUGUGAAUGUGUAUGAGGCUAUAAUUAUUAUUUCAGUGGGAUCCCAUUUUCAAGUGAGUCCAGACUCUCUCUCUUUGUGUGUUUAUCAACACUGAGUAUUUAUUAUUAAAUUUAUUGUUAUUACUGAAACAUAAUAUUAUUGGGGAUAUGUGUAUAUAUAUUUGAACCAAGGAAGUGGACUACUUCUUAAAACGUCCAUAUAUUGUCUCAUAUUUCUGAUCUGUGUCAUGUCUGGUGAAAAGAAAGUGUGAAAUGUGAUGAAUGAUCGGAGAGUUGAAUAAAAACAAAGACAUUUU